AUGGCAUAUGAUACAUCAUCAUCUAGUAGCUCACCGAGAGGACAAGAAGGACAACAGAUGGACAAAGAGCUCCUGAAAGCAGCCAAAUACGGCGAUUCCACAUACAUGUGGGCCAUGGCGUCACAGGAUCGAAACAUACUGCAUGGAAAAACUCUACAGGGGAACACCUGCCUCCACAUUUCCUGCAUCUAUGGCCAUGAGGGAUUCUGCAAGGACGUGCUUGAACUGGAAGAGUCUCUCAUCAAGGCUGUAAACUUGGACGGGGAGACACCACUUAUCACCACAGUGAGAAAUGGCCACGUCUCUUUGGCUUCUUUUUUACUCGGUCGACAUCACUGCUCUGUGCUAGAACUGAGACAGGCAAUCCAGCAACAAGACAAGUAUGGAUUUAAUGCACUGCACCAUGCCAUUCGCAAUGGCCACAAGGAUCUUGCACUGGAGUUGAUAGCUGCAGAGCCUGCACUAUCGCAAGCCGUGGGCAAACACAAUGAGUCACCCAUGUUCUUCGCGGUGAUGAGAAAUUUUACACAGGUUUUUGAGAAACUAGUGCAGGAUCCUUUGUCUGCUUGUUCGGGAGGAAAACACCGUCGCAAUUGUUUGCAUGCUGCGAUUAUGAAUGGGGAUCAAGAAUUCGUCAAAUUAAUUAUGAAGAAACGUCCUGAAUUGGCCAGAGAAGCUGACAUAAUGCAAAAUACACCAAUGGAACUUGCUGUACGAUACAACAAGAUUGACAUUUUACAAAUAAUGCUGGAACAUGACUCAGCUCUAGGGUAUUUAAUAGGCAACAACGGUUAUCCUCUGCUUAAUGCUGCGGCAUUUCGUGGUCUGGUUGCUGCUGCUGAAAAGCUCCUGGAACACUGUCUCGAUGCUCCUUAUCUUCUACCAGAUGGUUCGACAUUGCUUCACAUAGCUGUAUUGAAUGACCAACCAGAGUUUGUUGAAUUUGUCCUUAGGACGCCAAUACUUCGCAAGCUUGUUAACGUGCAAGACAACAAGGGAAAAACCGCUCUGCAUCAUGCAGUCAGAAACUGCAGUCCUAGAGUGGUUGCUGCUUUAUUGUCUCACGUGGAUAUAGAUGCAAUAUUGCUUGACAAAGAUGGUGAUUCAGCAGCCUGGGAACUGUCAAACGCCAGGAGGAAUGCCAAGACUUUAAACUGGAAUGAAGUGACCAUGCUUAUGGCAAAAGCUAGUCCAUGGAAUGCUCCCGUUCUCCGUAAUCUUCAAAUUUUGGCCAAGCAACAGACAACUGAAGCGUCAAGGAAGGAUGCAAAGUCACUAACUCAAACAUACACAGGAAACACUUCAUUAGUGGCAAUCCUCAUUGCGACAAUCACCUUCGCAGCUGCCUUCACCCUGCCUGGAGGAUACAGCAGUCAUGCUGGAAGCGAGGGACUUCCCAUCAUGUCUAGGAAGUUUGCGUUCCAGGCAUUCUUGAUCUCUGAUGUCUUAGCAAUGUGCUCCUCGUUUGUUGUGGCCUUCAUAUGCAUCAUAGCAAGGUGGGAGGAUUAUGAGUUCUUGGUUUAUUACAGAUCCUUCACUAAGAAGCUCAUGUGGUUUGCAUACGUGGCAACAACUACCGCCUUUUCAACUGGUUUAUACACGGUGCUGGCUCCACGUAUCCACUGGUUGGCCAUUGCAAUUUGUCUUAUGGUAGCUUUACUGCCCAUUCUCACGAAGCUGUUGGGCGAAUGGCCUGUCUUGAAGCUCAGAUUUAAGCUGGGUAAAGAUUUCAACUCUGAUUUCCUUGAUAUGGUCUGA